UUCGCCGAGGGUUUGCACUUUAGUGCUUUUCAUUAACCCUCGGCGCGCAUGCGCAGCGAGGGUUACUGUAGUUGGGUUUGUCUGUGUGUUUGUCUGUUACUCUACAUCUCACCUCUCGAAUGUCUGUUCGUCCCAGAAACGAUACCAUCUACCCAACGGGCGACGAAGGUCAGAAAAUAAAGGCGGUUUUCUCUGAAAAUGCUCCGUUG